AUGACCCAAACAGCUCCAAGACACCCAGCAGGGGGUGACUGGUACCAUCUUCUCGUCCCAGUUGGCAUCAUAAGAUUCGCUCUCUUUGCGCCUCUGGGAAUCUACUGGGCUUCCAGUACGAACCACUGGAACCUCGUUCACGCUCAUGACCAACUCCAGACUUAUGAUCCGAAGAUUGCAAGCGGGGCACAUCUUGCCUCAGAAUGGAGCACUUUUGCCUUUUUCUGGAAUAUUGCAGUGUGGCUCCCAUCUUUCUGGUUUCCUCCACCACUGAAUCUGCCUUUUACGGCUGUCGAUCUUGUCAUAACCAUCUAUGUCUCGUGGGCCACAAGCUAUCAGACGCAAUAUGUUCCACACAUCGAGACAUCUUGCGCUAAAGCUGCUUACAUUCGACCAGCAGGUGCAAAUGAAAGCUUCUUUGAGGCUGCUGGCAGGCUCAAUGGCACAGCGACUACGGGAGGCAAUAUGUGCAAGAGCUUCGUGCAAGAGUGGCAGUACGGUGUCGCCAUCUCAUUCUUCUACGCGCUGAUUGUUCUCUUCGGUCUUAUGGCUUUCUUUGGCGCUUUGAGGGACACAAGACGACAAGGCAAGACAACAAUCGAUAUGUUGAUGGCACUAUGCAAGUCUGCUCUGAAUUGUCUUACGGCAAUACCAAGAGGUAUCGCAACUCUCUUGCUCCUGUUGCUGUGGUUCUUUCCGCAAUGUAUUUUCAGAUGCCUGCCAAUCUCUCUCAAGGCAAAAGUCCGAUUUGGCCGACGGUAUGCGCUGAAGUCCGUAUGGGGCCUUGAACAAAAAGCCGAAUUAGAAGUGACUGAGCUCAAGGACAUGUACAAGCAGAACCAGAGAAAGCAACUGCCACGUUACAAGGGUGGACCUGGAGAAGCGUGCCCGCUGUCAGACUUUCUAGGUGUAUACGACAUGCUGAUGGCCGUCACCGAGGACAUGCACUACCUCGAUGUCAUGACACUCAGUCGCGUUUCAAAAAGCGUUCGAGAGGUAGUCCUGCCUGCGCACGACUUCGAUCGACGUAUCAGGACGUUCCGAAGAUACACAUGUCCAGGAAAAGAGAAGAUGGAAUGCUGGAUAUGCGACAAGCAAAUCUGCACCCAACCUAUCAAGGUUUUGAUCGCUCAAUCACCAACCAGGACUGUCAACAUCGACCCCAAAUCCCACAAACCACCCUCCUCCACCACUCCCAAAACUGCCUGCCAUCCUGCACCAAGUGCUUCCAAGCCCUCGUCGUCAGCCGCUACCAACCGCACCGCCAACGCCCCCCACACUGUAGAUGCGCCCCUAUAA